CUUGAACCUUCCGCGUUUUUCGGUACACACCUCUUAGUAAUACUUUCUUCGGAUCUCUUACAUAAUGGAACGUCUUCUCCGUCUUGGUGCUGACGGACUAGCCGCCCUAGGGCAGUCAAAUGCCCAGCCAACAGAUGGUCCUGUACCAGAUACUGCUGAACAGGUGUAUAUUAGUAGUCUUGCACUACUGAAAAUGCUAAAACAUGGAAGAGCUGGAGUCCCAAUGGAGGUUAUGGGAUUAAUGUUAGGUGAAUUUGUUGAUGACUAUACUGUGACGGUUGUGGAUGUGUUUGCUAUGCCCCAGUCUGGCACAGGUGUGAGCGUUGAGGCAGUAGACCCUGUAUUUCAGGCUAAAAUGUUGGAUAUGCUUAGACAAACUGGACGUCCAGAAAUGGUUGUCGGAUGGUAUCACUCACAUCCUGGAUUUGGUUGCUGGUUAUCUGGUGUAGAUAUGAAUACACAGCAAAGUUUUGAAGCGCUUUCGGACCGUGCGGUAGCUGUAGUUGUUGAUCCAAUACAGAGUGUGAAAGGCAAAGUUGUCAUCGAUGCUUUCCGCUUGAUCAACCCGAACCUUGUUAUUGCUAAUCAAGAGCCUAGACAGACAACAUCUAAUGUUGGUCAUCUUAGCAAGCCAACAAUUCAAGCGCUUAUUCACGGUCUUAACAGACAUUAUUACUCUUUACCUAUUAAUUACCGUAAGAAUAAGUGGGAAAUUAAGAUGUUGAUGAAUCUGAACAAGCGUACGUGGAGAGAUGGACUAACCUUGGAAGAUUAUAAUACUCACUGUACAGCUAAUCACAAAACUCUCCAAACUAUGCUUGAUCUAGUCAAGUCAUAUCAUAAAUCUCUUGAAGAUGAGGAAAAGAUGACUCCAGAACAAUUAGCCAUCAAAAAUGUUGGGAAAAUGGAUCCAAAGCGACAUCUUGGAGAGCACGUAGAUGAGUUAAUGACAUCCAACAUCACUCAGUCCUUAGGAGCAAUGUUGCAUUCAGUUGUUUUCACGUAA